GCCGGUUUAGUCUUCGCUUGGCAGCAGCACGCGUGACAACGAUUUCUCUCGCGGGUGACGGGUUUUGUCCCGGUUUCGGUACGCGACUUUUCGACUUGGAGCCGGUGAGGUACCUUCUGGAAGGAACUGCGAGUGUGUUCCGGAAGAUCCUUUGAAUUCUUCCGAGGGGAAGAACUUGGGAGUUUUUUUUAUUGGAGUUUUUUUGGGGAGCAGGAAGAACAGUCGGAAGUGAGAUUGUGGAAGUUGUGUUACGUCCUCCGGUUCUCUGCGGGAUCGAAUCGAAAGGGACUGGAUCGUGAACUUCAGUGUUGGUGAUCGGUUUUAGAGCUGGAUAGCUCUCUUGUCUGACGAGGUUCUUGCGGGGACCUGCCGACUCUGAAAAUCGAGUUCAAUUUGUUAUGUAAAUCAGUGGCAGCGCGCGGGUCGGAUGCUCUCUCCGAGGGUCUCGUCGUCGCGCAAGAUCACACUUUUACUUUGAGAGCUCUCAUUAAAAACCGAUUGGAUAUUUUGAGAAAUUAGUGUCGGACGGCUCGCAGAGCGCGCAGAAAUCCGCCGUACGGUUAUUUUAAUUCUUCCUUUUUGUCCACACGGUGGUCGGUCGAACGACUUGGUCGCCUUGGUCGACUCGCGUGAAGUUCAAGUGACAAGUGAAGGUAACCACGGGAAAGAAUUUGCCAGAAAAGAUGUGGCAAUUAGUGGUCCACCGUGGUCCGGAGAUCCUACCGUCCGUACGAUCGUCCCUUAGAACGUCCUCCUGAGAAGAAACGCCCGAAAAGGUCGAGCGUUAUCAGCGUUAGAGCAAGUGACAGUUCUGCGUGCGCGCGCGCGUUGCAACCGGGACGGAAGAAUAACCGCAAGAAGAGAGCGCGUUUCGCGUGCGCUCCGCAAUACACGAUCGUGCGUUAUCAGAUUUAAUUAGAAGGAAGAAGGGGUGAGCGAGCAAACAACACAACAACUCAAGGAAGAAAACGAGAGAAAGAGAGCCCACUGGAAGAUGCGUUGCGACGCAACGUCGCAAACAGUGUGCGAGUAAGUGUGUGAAUAAUUGUGCAAAAUAAAUUAGCGAAAAGUGAGGUUAAUGUGCAGAGCGCGAAAAAAGUCACAACCACUAGCGAAUACAUUGUUGCAAAGCGUCUAGUAGAUAAGGGGUUAAAACAGAGAGAGAGGGAGAGCACAAGCAAGUGAGUUAUCAGCUGGUGACCGGCAUAUUGUCGUAACGGCCACCUUUUGGCGCGUCAAACAGAAGCUCACAGGAAGAGCGGAGCGCAAGCCAAGUGUGAGUAAAGUGUGUGUGAUCGCGGCAGAGAUUGAGUGAAAAGUGAAACAUCACAAGUGAAACAAAAAAAAAUCACAACGGGUGUUCCCGGGGACGCCGGCUGAUAAAGGACAGUGCAGUGUUUUGGGAAAUGCGCCCGCGGUGAGGGGACGAAUCGAUUACCUGAUGUGAAGAAAAGUGUUUGACAACGCAGAACAACCGUCGAUCUCUCGAAAACCUUGGAAGAACACCCCUCGAAUCAAUCGCCCCAAACCUCGAAGAAUGUUGCCAUCCCGUUGCCCCGGUGUCAACGGGACCGAGUGCCUCUACUGUAGUGCGUUUUGGCGGGAAAGUGGCUAAGCCGAAGACCUGGAGCGCGAGCCCAGGACAAUGGGUGGCCAACGGCGCGGGACGUUCCUAUCGUUCUACCGGAAGCGCGAAAAUCAGGUACAUCUGGAUCAGCAUCCGAUGAUCACCUGAAGAAGCAGCAGUGAGAAGUGUGAAACCCCCCCACUCGUACUAGUGAAGAUUAUACAGAAAGUGAGAGAGAGUCAGUGUGAGAGUUUUGUGAGUUAAUGCUCAGCGGAAGACUUCGACGGAGGGCCCUGGCCCUGCUGGGAGCCCUCCUGCUGGUGAUACUGAUCUGGCCACCGUGCUGUGCGACGAUGCCGAAGCCACUGCCGGCGGUGCUGCCACCAGUGCCCCAGAUCGACCUGGAGCCGAUCCCGGCGGUGGCCAUCGUCGUCCAGAACCAGCACCAGAACAACAAGAGUCGCAAAGUGAGCGACCUGAGUCGCUUCAUGAACGUGCUGCUGAUGAGGCCGGUUGACAGCGGAGAAAGUGGUCCACGCGCCGAGUCUACGCACGACGACGACAGUCAACGAACGCUAAAUUUACCCCGUCGCGAAAAUAGCUCCGCCGGCUAUCCAAUUGAGUCGUCGAUCGAUAAAAAUAAAUCAAAUGAACAACAAACCGCGACAGCGGUGACCAAGCGGUUAGAUAACGCCGUAACCACCUUCGGUGGUAGUGACCCCGCGGUAGAAUCUGGGUCGACUUAUCAGCCGACGAUAACCAACAUCUUCAGCAUUCUGUCCCAAAGAGCGUCAGCAACAGCUACUACUACACCUAGCAGCGGCGUAGAUCUUCAGGUCAAUGACCACAACGACGGCGUCGUCGUCACUGCCGUCAAUCAAUCAGUAUUCAAUCCCACGUCCAAACCCCCAACCUCCUCCUCCACCACCCCCCGCCGACACCAUCCCUUCUUCCCGGUCCUCUCGAGGGCGGAACGCAGUGCCGACGGGCAGCAUCACCAGCACCGCCACCAGCAUCACUAUCAGACCGGUGAGGGAACGCUGGCCGCCACCGGCGGCCGAAGACUUCGCCACCAAAAUCACCGAAAUGGGACGACCCCAAUGACUGGGGGUCCCGAUGCUGGCGGUAGCGACACCUCGAAUCUAGAACGCAACGAGCGGUCCGCGAAUCUGUCGCACAUUACCGGUGCGAACCGCAAGAUCCAGCUGUACAUCAAGAACCGGUACCUGCAGCUGCUGGCCGAUGGCACCGUCAACGGGACGCACGAUGAUCAGAGCGAGUUCACGAUCCUCCAGCGGACGACCGUGGCCGCCGGUCAGAUCCGGAUCCAGGGCGUCGCGACCUGUUUGUUUCUGUGCAUGGACACCUGCGGGACGGUUUACGGUUCGCGCGACUUCACCGACGACUGCGUGUUCAACGAGCAGAUGGAGCAGCACCACUACAACACGUACAGCUCAACGCGCCACUCGAACGCACGGCGGACGCUCUACCUCGCGCUCAACAAAACCGGCCAACCCCGCAAGAUCCAGAUCCCGGUGAACCGCACGCUGGGCAAGCUUGCAACGUACACGAAGGCCCUCACGCAGACGGUUGCCCACGACCGGGUCGAACGGUUGAUAUCGCGGCUGUUCGGAGCGAACCACGUGCGGCACGGGUUGAAGCAACUUUGUGAGACGGGCGUUCUGCCGGAGGUGGAGAUGCGGACGAGGCCGGCCUGUGGCGGCGGCCAGGGUGUGGCCAAACCUGCUGGGGUUAACAAGAGCCCAGCGGCGGCGGCCGCAGGUGGUGCCAACAAGGACAAGGACAGCAAAGACACGCUGCGCAAGAAGAAGAAGAAACGACGGAAAUGCCGCGAGGACGAAACGCCCGGCGAGCACUGCUUCCGGCCGGCGGCGACGAGUAGUAGUGGUAGUAGUAGCGGUAGUAGUUUAGUAGGUACAAAUAGUAAUAGGCGGAGGGUGGCGACGCCCCCAGGGCAAGCCAAGAGUCAGCAGCUGAGGUGUGGCGGUGACGAGGGCGAGUGUGUUGAUAGUCCUAGCAGUAGUAGUCCCAACAACAGUGCAAAUAGUGUAAGUAGUAGCAAUAGUAAUCGAGCCAGCACAACAGUACCAAAUGACGGCGGCGGCCCCAAGAAGAAGGUCGCGAAGAAGGUCAACAACCGGAACGCUCCUCCGAAUGUAAAUAGUAAGAAACCUAAGGGAGGAGGUGGCGGACCGGGUGGACCCGGCGGGGGAGGUCCCAAGAAAGCCAAACAGCAAACUAGUAUUAGUAGUAGCACAGUGCCAUUAGCCGCGAAGGGGAAAGUGAAAGCCAUGACCUCUCCUAGGACGACCCCGCGAACGACGACCGCGCGGUCAACAACUACGACCACCCCAAGUCCUACCCCGUCCUCGUCCACAACCCCGUUCAACCUGGACGACACGUCCCAGUCCGAGGACGAGGAGCUGGCCGCGCUAGAUAUGGACGAGCUGGCCGCCCUCCAUCAGCUCUCCUCGGCGGAGAUCAUCGAGGAGGACGAACUCGACGAAGGACCCACCCACCCAAACCCGUCCGCUUCGCCCUGGCACGAACCCGCCCAGUCCAGCUUAUUAUCCCUGACCGCACCCCUCAACGUUACCGAGUACCACCCUAGUGCCAACGCCACUAGCAGCAGCAUUUCCGCCAUCGUCGUUGAGCAUCAGUCCCGGCUUUUCCUGUCGUUUAGUCUCCUUAGCCUUAGCUCACUGCUGGUCGCGUCGGGCGCGUCCCUAACCGGCGUAACGCGUCUGCUAUAUCUAUGAUCCGCACCCACCUCUCCAAAACUCCCCCACCAGCACAACAAGCAUCCGAAAAUUAGGCUUCGUACCCUAGUUCAUCACAUGUUUUGGCUUUAAAAACAAACAAAAACAUACACUGAAAGAAAAAUACACACACGGAAAUUUUAUAGACUGAUUAUUUUUAAAAGGAUACAACGUUUAGAGAUUCAAGGACUUUUCGGCAAUACAAAAUAAACAAGGAAUGAAAAUCGCAGAAAUCGGAAAUCUUAACGCUAUUUACACAAGUUUUUAGAAAAUUUGUUAGGCAGCUUACUAUUUAUAUCGAGUUUAAGUAAACAGUCACUCACUACACUAAUCUACAAAAAACCAAACAUUGACCAGUGAAGCCAGGUUAGAUAUUUAUGUAUGAAUAUGAGUCACGAAACACUUGAAGAUUUCGCAGAAAAAAAAAAAACAAAAAUAACGGUUUAGGACUGCGGUUUAUAAAUGAUG